UAGACUAUAUUUAUUUAAGGCAAAACAGGUUGGAGAAAACCCUCAAGUUGACACACAAACUCAUAUUCAGAGGUGAAAAAUCACAAAAAAGGAGACUAUAUAGAAUGAUGAGGCUGAAGACAACAGAUUAGGAAAUAUGGAGAGGAAGUAAAUUGUUAUCUCUGAAUACAUGAGAAUCCAGUAUACAAGGGACACACCUUCCUUUUUUUUUUUUAACCUCCACCCUCACCAUACAUCCACAGAAAAGUUAAUAAAAACAUUUCUUUUGAAUGAGUUAUUGAGGUGUUUGAUAUAAAACAAAUUAAAAUCUUUUCCCCAGACAAACCUAAGGAUAACAUAAUUUGGUAUACACAUACACAGACACUACUUCUAACAAUACUUAAUAGAUGUGAUGGUGACAAAAAGCUACAGUUCGAUGGAAGGGACUAAACCAGCAGUUCUCAUGCUUCCUCAAGCUGCGGCCUUUUAAUACUGUUCACCGGGCGACUCCCAAUCAGAAAAUGAUUUUGGUUGUUAUUUCAUAACUGUAAUUUUGCUGUUAUGAAUCGGAUGCAAAUGGUUUUAGAGGUAGAAGUUUUUCCAGUGGGUCUCGACCCACAGGCUGAGAGCUGCUGGACUACACACCAGGGGGACUUUCCUUUUGAGGGGAAGCACAGAUGACUCAGCCUGUGGACUUGGGACUGUGAGGUCUGCUCAAGAUUUCUGCCCUAAGUAGAAUUUCUGUGGUGUUCUAGUUUGGUGAAAACAGAAGUUACAUCAAAUAUAUCUUUGGCCCAGAUGAUGGGCUAACUAAAAAUCUUCCCUUGCUUGUUCAUGGAAUUAAAUGGCAGAUCUAUGCCAGGAUAUUAAAACAGUUGCCUUUAAUUAGGUGUUGUGGUAAAUCCAUUCUUUCUCCAGCCUCUCACCUGUGACUAGAGGUGUUGCCAAAUUUACAAUAUUACAAACACAAGACGACAGCAGCAGGUUUCCAAUGGGUGAGAUUACUCUGCCUGUAAAAACAACACUAUUUAUUUCAUGGCAUCCCAAGUUGGAAAUCGCAACUCCAACUCCCCAGAACUGAAGCGUAUAGGGGAAAAGUGAAAAGUAUCUAAAGAGGGAAGGGAGCCCACUGUAGUUGGGAGAAAAGGAUUAAAGAGGGAGACACAUACACGUGGGUAUGUGAGUAAGCUGGAGGUUUCCGCAGGGGGAUCUCCAAGGCCUGCAGGUAGGAAGGGGGUCGGAGAAGCAACAGCGCGUUUCUCUGGAGUCCGCGCUGAUUUGGGGGGCCGCCUGCACAUUUGACUUUCUCAUCUCACGGUUGGGGACAUUUGCCUCUGGUUCAAUUCCAGGACCGGAGACACCCGGCUCAGUGCAGUUGGGGUCCAUGUCAGCUCCCGGGAUGUGCAUGGAGGAGAGGGGCAGGGGAGGUCGAAGCCCCCGUCCCACAGCCGCUUCCGGAAGUUUCUUCAGGGCCAGAGCCCCCAACCUCAGCUCGGCCCCCACGAGAAGUCCGAAGUGGCGGGAAGCCGGGACUUGAGAGGCCGCCCGGACGCGAGGGCGGCGGGAAAACCUGGCGGAGGAUUCGGCACGUCCGGCAGGACCCGGCUCGGCGUUUGGGAAGCAGAGGCCAUGGCUCGCAGGUUUGCCUGCAAUGAGACUUUACUCUUUACACUUAAAGAACAUUCUUUCUGAGCUGCUGUGAAUAAAUUUGGAAUGAUAUUGUCUAUUUUCAACUAAUGGAGAACUAGCUUUAUCUUGAACAAGGAUUGCUGUACUGGACAACUUUAGAACAUUGCUCACAAUGUCAUCAAACAGGAGUCAGAAUCCUCAUGGACUGAAGCAGAUUGGUCUGGACCAGAUCUGGGAUGACCUCAGAGCUGGAAUUCAGCAAGUGUAUACCAGACAAAGCAUGGCAAAGUCCAGAUACAUGGAGCUCUACACUCAUGUUUAUAACUACUGUACUAGUGUGCAUCAGUCCAACCAAGCCCGGGGUGCUGGAGUCCCUCCUUCCAAGUCAAAAAAGGGUCAGACUCCUGGGGGAGCUCAGUUUGUUGGCUUGGAGUUAUACAAGCGAUUGAAGGAGUUUUUGAAGAAUUACUUGACAAAUCUUCUUAAGGAUGGAGAAGAUUUAAUGGAUGAGAGUGUACUGAAGUUCUACACUCAGCAGUGGGAAGAUUACCGAUUCUCCAGCAAAGUGCUGAAUGGAAUCUGUGCCUACCUCAAUAGACAUUGGGUUCGUCGUGAAUGUGAUGAAGGACGAAAAGGAAUAUAUGAAAUCUAUUCACUUGCAUUGGUGACAUGGAGAGAUUGUUUGUUCAGGCCACUGAAUAAACAGGUAACAAACGCUGUUUUAAAACUGAUUGAGAAGGAAAGAAAUGGUGAAACCAUCAAUACAAGACUGAUUAGUGGAGUUGUACAAUCUUAUGUGGAAUUGGGGCUGAAUGAAGACGAUGCAUUUGCAAAGGGCCCUACGUUAACAGUGUAUAAAGAAUCCUUUGAAUCUCAAUUUUUGGCUGACACAGAGAGAUUUUAUACCAGAGAAAGUACUGAAUUCUUACAGCAGAACCCAGUAACUGAAUAUAUGAAAAAGGCUGAAGCUCGGUUGCUUGAGGAACAGCGGAGAGUUCAGGUUUACCUCCAUGAGAGCACACAAGAUGAGCUAGCACGGAAAUGUGAACAGGUCCUCAUCGAAAAACACUUGGAAAUUUUUCACACAGAGUUUCAGAAUUUGCUGGAUGCUGACAAGAAUGAAGAUUUGGGCCGCAUGUAUAAUCUUGUAUCUAGAAUUCAGGAUGGCCUAGGAGAAUUGAAAAAACUACUAGAGACACAUAUUCAUAAUCAGGGUCUUGCAGCAAUUGAGAAGUGUGGAGAAGCUGCUCUAAAUGACCCCAAGAUGUAUGUGCAGACAGUGCUGGAUGUUCAUAAAAAAUACAAUGCCCUGGUGAUGUCAGCAUUCAACAAUGAUGCUGGCUUUGUGGCUGCACUUGAUAAGGCUUGUGGUCGCUUCAUAAACAACAAUGCAGUUACCAAAAUGGCCCAGUCAUCCAGUAAAUCCCCUGAGCUACUUGCUCGGUACUGUGACUCCUUGUUGAAGAAGAGUUCCAAGAACCCAGAAGAGGCAGAACUAGAAGACACCCUCAAUCAAGUGAUGGUGGUCUUCAAGUACAUCGAGGACAAAGAUGUAUUUCAGAAGUUCUAUGCGAAGAUGCUUGCCAAGAGACUGGUCCAUCAGAACAGUGCGAGUGACGAUGCUGAAGCAAGCAUGAUCUCCAAGUUAAAGCAAGCUUGCGGUUUUGAGUACACUUCCAAACUUCAGCGAAUGUUUCAAGACAUCGGUGUAAGCAAAGAUCUGAAUGAACAGUUCAAAAAGCACUUGACAAAUUCAGAGCCGCUGGACUUGGACUUCAGCAUUCAGGUCCUGAGUUCUGGAUCGUGGCCCUUUCAGCAGUCUUGCACAUUUGCCUUGCCUUCAGAGUUGGAGCGCAGUUACCAACGAUUUACAGCUUUCUACGCCAGCCGUCAUAGUGGCAGAAAAUUGACAUGGUUGUAUCAACUGUCCAAAGGGGAACUAGUCACUAACUGCUUCAAAAACAGAUACACUUUGCAGGCGUCCACAUUCCAGAUGGCGAUCCUGCUUCAGUACAACACAGAAGACGCCUACACUGUGCAGCAGCUGACUGACAGCACUCAGAUUAAAAUGGACAUUUUGGCACAAGUCCUACAGAUUUUACUGAAGUCGAAAUUGCUGGUCUUAGAAGAUGAAAAUGCCAAUGUUGAUGAGGUGGAAUUGAAGCCAGACACCUUAAUAAAGUUAUAUCUUGGUUAUAAAAAUAAGAAAUUGAGGGUUAAUAUCAAUGUACCAAUGAAAACUGAACAAAAGCAAGAACAAGAAACCACACACAAAAAUAUAGAGGAAGACCGCAAACUACUGAUUCAGGCGGCCAUCGUGAGAAUUAUGAAAAUGAGGAAGGUCCUGAAACACCAGCAGUUACUUGGUGAAGUUCUCACUCAGCUGUCCUCCAGGUUCAAACCUCGAGUCCCAGUGAUCAAGAAAUGCAUUGAUAUUCUCAUCGAAAAAGAAUAUUUGGAGCGAGUCGAUGGUGAGAAGGACACCUACAGUUACUUGGCUUAACCCAUCUAGCAGGGUCUGUGUGACCCACAAGCAGAUAGUUCCAGUGAAUAAAAUGGAAAACAACUCAAGUUCAUAGCAGCCAGCCUGCCACCAUUUGGACCUUCCUUUUUAAAGCUGAGACCACAGUUCCCACCAGCUGGUCUCGAGCUACAGCAGGACUGCUCAGGACGGACACAUUUCAGUCUGUAAGCAGACGUCAAUGCCAUUCACCCUAACUCACAGACAGGGGAACCGAACCUUCCAUGCUGAGGCUGCAUGCUACCGCACUUAAAUCAUUGGCUCCCUGGUUAACAGCUGUCGUCUGAGGCAGCACAUGAGAGCGAGUCUGAAUGGACCCACGUGUAAUCUGCUAUGAAAACCAUUUGUAUAGUGUGUUUCAUUUUUUUAAUGUGUGAAAAUAAAGAAAAUUAAAGGAUUUCUGUA